AUGAAACCAGACCAAAUGGGAGCCCAGCAGUGCACACCGUUCUCUUGUUUCUCCUGUACUCAACAGAGCAGCUAUGCCCAAAAUGAUGAAGUCUCCUGUUCCCUAAGUGAACCACUCGCAUGCAACCCUGGUGGCGAACAAGUUGAGAUUCUUUCCCAGCUGCCUUUCAAACAGCCUCUGGAAGAGGCUGCUUUCCGUGAAGAUGUAACCGGGAUUGUCGAGCAGACAGGAUGCGUGCCGAGUGGUGACGGACAGUUGGCAACCGGCAGGUGGGGCACCUACAGCGAACGAGCCUACCAGAACGGCGCUGAUCAGGAGUUAUGCUCGCCACCGCUUUGGUACCCCGACAGACCGCUCUCACCGCUUAAGACGCCCGAUUCUGGAUAUUUCGAUAGUGGACACAGCCAGUGGUCAUCCGUUCCUGGGACCCUCUCGCCAGUACCUGAUGUAAAAACAGACUGGCCCGUGUUUGGUUGACUUUGCUGCCAGCUAAAUUAUGGAACUUCGUUUGAUAAGGGGGAACACAGCUUCAUGAACCUUAUUUAAAGCAGGGAGGAGCCCUGUUGACUUUUGAGACUAAAACCCGAUCUACUGUCCUAAAGACCUUAUUUCUAGCUUCUUAGACCUAUGUCUGUUCAACGUUAUUUUGCACACAAGUAAAGCUCUUGAAAGUAAAUGUGUUUGCUUCAGUUACAUGAGGUCUGGGGCACAUUUGGAUAACAAUGCUCUCCUAAAUCCAAGGCAUAACAUGAACAGUUUAGCUGUGUACACAAGUUUCGUAUUUAAAUGUGUGCAUUUAGACGCCGUGGCAAAGAAUAGGACUGUGAAAUACUGCAAGAAAUGUACUUACUACCAUAGUAAAGUGACAUUUUAACCAUUCAUGCAUCAAGCAACCCACGUUUCUACCAGUCUCUCUGAAUAAAGCGCGAACUCGCCCCUGAAAAGAAACUGGCACUUCGGUGGAUGCUAUCAUUACGUCGGCCCCUCCGUGGCAACGGUCAUAUUAGCAGGUAAAAAUACUUAGGCCGAAAAAGGAUCUAAUAAUUUGUGAGUGCUCAUGGAAGCUAAAGUAGGGUACGACCCACCGUUCUUUAUAGUGUUUGUGGCAGUUCCAGCAGAUUCUGUAGACAGUAAGCCUCAACCGCGAACGGUGUAACGUUAGGCUAUAUCGUGGGAGAACUGUUUAAUGCUGAUUUUAGUGACCGGCUAUGUACUGAACCGAGAAGAGAAUACGAUUUUUUGAAAAGUGAACAUGCGUUAGAAGUGGUUUCAGUUCCAUGAACACAAAUGGCCAUCCCCCAAUGAAGCAGGCAGUGAAAGGGGGGCGAACACUAACUACUCCUUUUAGCAAUACUAUAAAGGAUACGAAAGCAAAUGCUAAACUAACUGGAGUAGGCAUUCUCUUAAGCGCAGACGUUUCACAAUCAUAAAUCAAAAAUGAGAAACUUUGAAAAUAUUAGAGAAAAGCUAGGUCGGGUAAUAAUUCUCAGACAAAAGUGACGCCGAAAGGCAACCUAUAAAAAGGGGGGAGAAUCAAAACGCAAACGAAACUACCCCUCCGUUCAUACAAAAUUCGGAAUAACUCUAAAGACCGUCCCAAAUGUAUCGAAAAAAUGUUUAAAACUACUGAUAAUCCCGUAUAACGUGAAAGAGGACAUGCACUGAAAUUAGUUGGAAACAAAUUAGAAGCAACGACGUUAAACAGAAAAUGGAAAUAUUGCACGUUUUGGAUUUGUGUUAUAAAGGAAGAACUUGUGAGGUAUGAAAGUUAAGACGCAGUCAGGUAGAGGACUAAAGCAAAGGGGAAAAUAUUAAUAAGAAUGCACCUCUGUCCGCCGAGAAUGCAUUAAUGCCCACAAAAGUUCGUGUACUUUGGUGGAAUACGGAAAACUAUUUGCUAGAGUAUAUAAAUUCUUUUGUCAAAAUAAAUAUUCCAUCUUGUAUGAAUUGUAUUAUAUAGGCAAAACGUGUGCUUCUGGCAUAUUAGUACUGCGCGUCGAGAGCAAAAAGGUCGCAAAAGGCGUCCAUAGAUCAGCAAAGUGAGAUAUGGUAGGAAAACGCGAUCACAGGUAUGCCACUUACCCUGCACGUUAACGUUAAUACGGUCUUCAUGUUAGAGGGCGAAGAGACUUGCAACUAAGCAUUUUUGGAACUCCUGUUUUGCUGUCUCGCAUGAUUGAGGUAAACAAAAAAGCGAUUAGGAAGCAAAUUAUAUUUCCUCACGUAAACAUUCCUCACGGAAAUUAAUGUCGAUCACACGCGAGAUCGCAAGUCUGGUGUACGAAAGCAGCAGCGUAGCAGAUCACCUCGGUAUAUAUGAAUGCCAAGGGUACUUUUCUUUAAUAAAACAUACAGUACGUGUGCUAAAUCAUGAAAUGUCAACCGAAAUUCCGAAAUGCGCUUUCGUUUCGAAAAGAUCAAUUAAGUAUGGGCGUAUAACUUAUCAUCAUGCAGCAUAAUUCUGUAAUAAUUCAGCUACCUCAGGGUGCCGGCUUUCGAACGAACUUCUAUCUGGCUGCAUGCAAAAACGACACUGUAAAAUACGAUUACUUUUAGAGCAUGCAUUUUCCUCAUUUAUUUUCCAUACCCUCGAAAAUUCAAUCAUAUUUCAUGGAAAACACGCAUAAAAAUACCAAUUAUUUAGUACAUUCGGUAGAAAAUAACGUCUUCUUCCAAUUUUAUACUCGAAGGAAGGGUAUAAUUCGGUGUUAGAAAAUCUUCUGAUGUCCGAAUAAUUUUGAACUCGACCUGCCGUCACACUUGCAUUCAGGGUCUUCAAAAUACAAGCUGUAUAUUUUCCGCGCACGGAAAACAAUGCAUGUCUCUAUGGUAUUAAGAGGAGACCAUAUGGGUUUCAUAAAAUUUAGCAGAGGAUUCGAGCCAUAGUGUUAAUUUUACAUGCCACAUGGGUUAAUGCAGAGACAUAACGUUUUAUGAACGGCCAUUUCACACUAGUGAAAAUCUCACAAUUAGAAACCGAAUUAUACCAUUUCCUCGAGUAUAGAAUUGGAAGAAGACGUAAUUGUCUACCGAAUGCACAAAGGAAUCGAUGUUUCUACGCAUUUUUUCCAUGGUAUAUAAUUGAAUUUUUAAGGACAUCGAAAAUUAAUGAGAAAAAUACAUGCUAUUUAAGUGGUCGUUUUUUACAGAGUGUGAUUUUUGCAUGCAGACGGAAGAAGUUCAUUCUAAAGCCGGCAUCUUGAGAUAACUGAAUUAUCAUAGAAUAAUGCUGUGAAAUGAUCAUUUUUACAACCCUACUUCAGGAAUCUUUUCGGGUCGAAAACGCAUUUCGGAAUUUCGGUUGAUAUUUCAUAAGUUGACACACCUACUGUGUUACAAAUAGGAAAGAAUUUUACGUACAACUGACUUAUAUGUCCCCCUUAACAGGGCCUGGGGUUAGGUAUUCCCCGCCCAAGUAUUAAUGGUGAAUCUGCACGUAAUUCUGGAAACGGCAAAAUGCCCCUUGCCCUUAGCUUAACAAUAAUCUUAAUAUAAAACUAAAUCGUUGCGCUAAUCUUGACCCUUACCCUACCCUAUACCCUAACUCUGCAGGUAAAACCAGCCCCCACCUUAACCUUAAGCUUCAUCCUGACUUAUCUUACCGUCAAAUUUAUACCUAAUCUUAAACUUAAUCCUUAACCAAAUUUGAAUCCCAACUUUAGGAUUAACUCUAAUUUUAUUGGUAGUUGGCUCAAAGCCACCCGUACCGCAGGCGGUUCCCGUUCUCGUGUCCUGUUUAGGCCGUCAUGGAAGUCAGUCCUACCUUAUUUUAGAAAGCAAAUUGUGCUAGUAAAUAAAAUGAACAGCUGCCGCCAACUGCCCACCUGGAUUUCGGUCAUCAUGUUUCGUUCGUUAGGUCAUCAACUCUAAAAUUCUGGUCUCUCGAUGUUUUUAAUUUGCAAAGGGCAGAUAAAGUAUUGAGAGAUUAAUUUUCAUGGGGCCACUGGCUGCUAUGCAUGCGGAACGAGUCCCGACUAACCCUUACAUCGGUAGAUUUCAUAAAUAGGUUUUUUCGUGAUACUUUUCACCCUUCCGACCGUGCCCCUGAUGAACCUUCUCCGAAGUUGGACAUUCCAAAAUAGCAGUUUUUCCAACUCCUUUUUGGGGUUUAUGUAGCCUGUCCCCCUUUUGCAGUAGGCAUGACUUUUGCGAAAUGGAAGUUUUUUUACCUCCAACAGACAAAGCAGACGUGGAGGACGAUGAAAGGGUCGAGUGAUGGUCGUAGUAGUAGUAGUAGUAGUAGUAGUAGUAGUAGCAGUAAUAGUGGUAGUAGUAGUAGUAGUAGUAGUAGUAGUAGUAGUAGUAGUAUGAGUAGUAGUAGUAGUAAUAGCGGUGACAGUUAUUCUUGUUUAUAUUGUUGCGAUUGCAUAUGAAGCUGUCGCAAACACUCCGACCAUUGGUGGGGUCUGAUUAUGGCGGACAAUUUUUUUCACAGAACACGUUGUAUGUCCGUUAUGCUCCAGGUAACCUCAGUACUCUCUUGUCUCAAAUGCAAGCAAUUGUUUUUCACUACUUGGGCAUAUUUUAGGCCCAAUAAAUGAAUGUGGAAGGGCGCGUUUUUAGACUUUGACGUCGAAGGCAGCUCGCCGCAUACAAGGUGAGGAGUGAACAAUCCGGAAACGUUUUUUAAAGUCAAGUUUUGAAAUUGGGGAGGUCAUACUCUCAGAAUACGAUCCUAGGUUUCUGUAGACAAGUUGCUGUCGGAGCUGGUAUGGGUUAGACACCUCAUGUAAUACCGAGUGAAGUCGCUUACCUGCCGCCGGGAAGGGAAAAAUUUGGGCAGAGGGCACUCCACAACUUGACUGAACACCAGAUAACGAUAGAUUCUACGGUGUGUUCAACGCUGCUGUUGUUGCUGCUGCUGGCGUGGGAAAAUGUUACAUGCUAAGACGAACGAAUGUUGCCAAUAAAAUAGAAAGCUCGGCACAGUGGCAUAGCAAGAAUAAAUCUCCCCCAUCUGCAGCAAAGCCUCAACCUCAACAGGUAGACAUGAUGAUCGCUGUUUUUAGGAUUACGCUAAGUUCAAUCCACUAAAGUUUACUCAUGCUCAUUUGUCGCCUGAAAAAAUGAACAUCCGAGUGCGGUGACCAUGACGGCAUGCUACAGGUCCAAGUAUUUCUGCGUCAAAAGCAAUUCGCCUACCAAAAAGCCUGUGAACGAGGAGAAGUGAAAAGAGGAUAAAUAAGAAAGACAAGAGGAAGAAGAAGAUGAUGACGACAAUGAUGCUGAUGUUGUUGUUGUUGUUGUUGUUGUUGAUGAUGAUGACGAUGAUGAUGAUGAUGAUGAUGAUGAUGAUGAUGAUGAUGAUGAUGAUGAUGAUGAUGAUGAUGAUGAUGAUGAUGAUGAUGAUGAUGAUGAUGAUGAUGAUGAUGAUGAUGAUGAUGAUGAUGAUGAUGAUGAUGAUGAUGAUGAUGAUGAUGAUGAUGAUCACCACAACGACCACGAUCACGACGACGUACGGAGCGAGGAGAAUGAGGAUGAAGGUGGGGAUGAGGAGGGGGAAGAAACAAGUACAGUACCUGAGCUAACUCAUGAAAUGUCAACUGAAAUUCCGAAAUGCGUUUUCGUUCCGAAAAGAUUCAUUAAGUAG